UGAUUUGCUCGUCAUAUCAAUCCGUUCAAUGCCUUUGCUCACCCUACAAGCUAUUUAUUCCACCAUCCUACACUUGUUCGUCACCUCCACUGUGUUGCAAUAACACCGACAAGACGGCCAUUCCAUCCGGUCCACAGCCUAGAAUCCUUAUCCCUUAUCUAUCUCUCUCCCUCACUCCCUCACGCACAACAACCUAACCGAAGCUGUCCCCCGUCACUUUUAGAACAAAACCUUAGCACCCAACCACACCCGCCGCUCAAUUUAUCGAUCACUCUUAAUACGACCGUGUACCAUCUUCCUGCCACUUUCCCACAUUGUCGAGAACAUAGACACACAAGCAAACAUGUCUACCGCAUCAGUACAACCUCCCGUCAUCCCUCCCCGGCCCUCCAGGAGUCAGGACAGGGAGGAGAACACGAAUACUUCGUCCCUACCCAAGAUCCCUCCUCGGCCUAUUAAGCGUUUUGACCGCUCCAUCUCUCCGAAUCCCGAUCGCUUUGCGCCUUCGCCUCUGAAUGAGAGCCCCUUCUCAAGGAGUCCCAAGGCCACCCGUUCGUCACCGAGCAAUGGUUUCUUGUCCUCGCAGGACCCCAUUCACAACCGUCCUGGCAGCGUCUCCAUGCCUUCUGUCGGCGAGGAGGGCAAUGAAUACGACGUCGUUGGCGAAGGCUUGGCCAAGUCAUAUCCUAAGGCCCCUGCCUCGCCGGAGCACACCCGCUUCGCUGCCGAGGACCUCAAGCUACAUGCUCCCAAGCCCACUUUCCCGGCUCAAAGCGCGAAACAGAGGGUCAUGGCCGUUACCCGUACCGACUCCGACAGGGCUGCCUCCUAUGGCAUUGGGAAGCCUAGCAGCGAAGAGGCCACCAGGCCCAAUAGUCUUAGAAGGAAGGCCAGCUCUAGCGGCAUGUCGCAAAAGUCGGAAAGUGCUUUUGGCGACGAGGAGCAUGGUAUUCCCGAAAUUGGCCAGCGUGUGCCCAUGAACCCCAACCUCGGCGACGUUCAAGCUCCAUCUCCUGCGCCGGGCUCCGGCGUCACCGAGGGCCUCCGCUCGGGCACCCCUCGUCACCAUUCCCGCAAGCAUAGCUCGCGCGGUUUCAACGAGCUCCCUCCCGGCAGUUACGGUCUCCAUGGCCAUACUUCAGCACCUCCGACGGACAAAUUCGAGAGGGCUUGGUACGAGAAGCACCCAGACUUCCUGAAAAAGGACUGCAAACCUUCCCUUCACGAUCGUCAAAAUGACUACGCCAUGAGCAGCACGGAUUUGAACAAGAUUGUCAAAGAGACUCAUAGCCGAGGUUCAGGAAUGGGCACCUCCGCUGCGUAUGUUGGUACUCCUAGCGAGGAGGUCGGUUAUCAGGCGUCCGAGGAGUACACCUCCCGCAUGUCUUCUCCCGAACUUCAGCGCAUCAAGUCUCCCCUGAGUCCUCUGAGAGAUUCUCACCCCGAGCUCUCGGUCUCGUCGCCUGACAACGCAGCCACCCCUGGCAGCAAUGAGGGCACGAUUCACGUCGAUGAAUCUCACAACCGCCGCCGAAGCUUCGUUUCCCACGAUCCCAGUCACGAGACUAAGUACAACGCACCCAUCCUAGCCGAGGACGAGCUUGAGAAGGGCGCGCAUCCCUACGAUCUCCAGCCGGCCGUCGAGCCGCCGCCAGAACGCUCCGGUAGUGCUUUCGAGAUCGAGAGGGCCCCGAGUAGACCCACAAGUAGACCCACCAGCAUGUACAACAACCAGUCACAAACGGAGCUGACAUCGACUCCUCUGGAAGACGUCGAGGAGUACGAGCCGCUGUUCGACGAGGACGGCACUGAGGUGAAGAAGUCCGACUCCGUGGCAAACACUUGGAAGCCUCGCCACAAGUUCCCGAGCAAGGACGUUUGGGAAGAUGCCCCCGACAGCGUGAACUACACCGCCGAAGUGUCGACACCCGAGCCAACGGAGACGGAACGUCCUUCGUCCAGGCGUCGCUCCGAACUGCCUACCGAGAAUCCUGCGCUUGAGUUUGCUCGUAAACAAGAGGAGCUUGCUGAGCAGGAAGCCCGCGGCAUCCACAUCAAAGAGAAGAAGCCGGUGCCUGUUGCUCUGCAACAUGUGAAGGACGAAGCUCGACCGCAAAUGGCGAACCGCUUCCCCAGUCGCGAUGUCUGGGAGGACACACCAGAAAGUCUGAUGCACGAGGCUGUCGUCGAUACCCCAGAGCCCACCGAAGAGUCCCCGGUCGAGAAGCCGUACGUUCCAGCUCGCCCCCAAAAGAAGGGCUCCGAUUCCAGUGCUUCUACGGAAUCGCCCUCAAUUCCUGAGCGCCCGAGGCCCAAGCACACUCAAAGCAGCGAUGAUAAAUCGAAGCCCACGGUCUCGGAGAAACCUAAGCCUCAAGUUCCAGUCCGCCCUGCCAAGGCUUUCCCCUCCGGUACCGACCUCAAGGAUCAGGAUUCUGCCCCGAAGCAGAAGCCAGCUGUUCCGGCCAGGCCUGCCGGAGGUAAAAUUGCCGCCCUUCAGGCUGGCUUUUUGUCUGAUCUUAACAAGCGCCUGCAAAUUGGUCCUCAAGCUCCCAAGAAGGACGAGCCGCCUGCUGCAGAAGCCGUUGAGGAGAAGGAGAAGGCGCCACUGUCCGAUGCUAGGAAAGGACGUGCUCGCGGCCCCCAGCGCAGGGCUCCUGCAGCUAAGACCCUAGUCCCUGCUGCCGAGCCCAAGGCGGGACCUACGUUGUCCUUCUCCCCAUUGAGAACUUGCUGGAGUAUCGGUGACAGUGGAGUACUCGAGGUCGAAGAGGCAUCAAAACUGGAGCUCACCAAGGAGCCAGUCCCCCAGGCCGAAGGUACUUCGGAGGAAGUUGAGGAAGUCAAGGAAGUCGGAUUGGACACAGAAUCAGUUGAGCCUGAGACCACAGCUGAGACGGUUCCGGGAGAGCCAGUCGCCAAGGAGCUAUCUGAAGAUAAGCCCGAAGAAGCUAAGGUCGAGGUUCCCGCGUCUGUCGACGCCGAGGUCGAGGCGCCGAAGGAAAAGGCCAAGACCCUUGCUGCCAACACUGCUGGCGAGCCUGUGAUCGAGACAACCCUGGCGGAUAAGAAAGAAGAUGUUGAGCCCGUCGAGGUGAAGCAGACGGGGGGCGAGGCAGCUUGAUUGCCAUAGGUUGCCCAACACGAGAGUGAGUUACUGUUGUAUGGCACGAAGUGGAGAAAAGCAUUAGACAUGCAUCCUGUUUACAUGCAUGGUUUUGCUUCGUCGGUCUGAUGGUUUCUGGGUCACCGAGUACCUUCCCUCCGUUCCCUAACUUUUUUUGGCCGCAAGGCUUAACAGCGUUUUUUUGUGUUGAUUAGGUAGCAAUCUGAUACUGCGUUGUUGUCUCUUUCCUAUGGAAGGACAGCGUACCGCCCUACGCGUCGGCUUGUGGAUGAAAUCAUACAUAGCCUGGUGCGUGAUGUAGUCGCCUACGUACGUUCAAGGUAACCCGAGGAUGCCAACUUCAUCUGAUGUCAUGAUGAUAUCCUUCUUUACGGUAAGGGUGUAUUAUCGUCCUGUGCCCCUUGCAUACACAGUAACUUACUAGUAGGUAAGUUGAAGACCCCCAGUCCAAGGAACAAGAACUGGAGUGGCCUAGAACGAUAUGAUAGGUAAGUGAUGAGCUUGGUUGAAGAUAGCUGAGUAUAGGUGUAUUGGGCUAUUGGAUGCACGUGACAGCAAUUAGGUACUCGUAAACCAGACAUCCAGACUUAGAUAAUUAGUUGUUCAUUUAAUCCUAGAGAAAAAGACUAAUAUAGUCUGACAGAAAAAAAAAAGAG